GCGCCAGUGUGGCUCUAAAGUAUCAGCCAAAAUUGCAUGGAAACAAACUUCAUCAGUGAAGAUAGUGAACUCAGUCAAACGGGAAUAUAGUGAAAGAUAAUUAUUUUACCUUAACACCUUCAACUUGAUCGGGAAAACCAUCUUCAAUGAAAUGUACCAAAAAAGUGAAAGGAAAUGAAGUCAACGGUAACAAUUUAAGAAUGGAAGAUAAUAACUCCGACGUUAGUGUUGAACAAACUGAACCCUAUGAUGGUUGUGUAAUUUAUCAUCAAGAGGAAAUAUAUCCAGAAUCAAGGAGGUUGAAUAGUUACAAAGGAGGUGAAAAUGAAUCUAAUGUUAACAUUGCUGAUAUUAUUAAAGAUCGAGAUACAGCUUACAAGAUUGAGGAGCAAAUUGAAGAGAUAACAACAACAACAACGGCUCCAGACGAAGAGGAGGACGGAGUUGAUUCAGCCGUUGGUUCUGAAGGUUACAAGGAUUCUGUUGAUUCUGAUCCAGAGAGACGUCGUCAUGUUGAUUCUUUACUUGAUCCUUAUGGUCUAGAUUUAAACAGUAAAGGCUGUGCUCGAGUUGCUUUCCCUGAGCUUGGCUUGGAUAUUAUGGAUUUAGCUUAUCUUGAUAGAGAUGACGAUGAUGAGACCAAUGAGAAGCUUAUAAAUGGUGAUAAUAUGGAUGAAUCUAAAUUAACUAAUAAAGUGAAAGUGGUUGAUGACUUUAGUUGGGAAGAGAAUUGGCUUUUCCAAAAGAAACGUAAAGCUGAAAAUGAUGUUGCACCUCUUUAUUGUCUUCUUAACCUAUCUGAAUCAACAAAUCCUGUUUGCAUGUUUAUUCCCAAUCCUAGUCAAAAUGUGCCUCGCUUUAUUGGUUUAACCGCAGUUGACCAAUUAUCUGAUCUAACCGAACGUAAUUCAGUUGGUUCACUUGAAUUUUCAUCCGAUGAAGAAUCGGAAAGUGAUGAAACUGAAGUUCAAUCAUCGUCUUCAUAUCCUCUUGAAAAUAUUAAAUGUUCAUCAUCAGCCAAGUUAAAAGUUCCUCUUCACUCAGCCUCGUCAGCUUCAUCAUCACCCUUUCCCGCCUCAUCGCUAUCAUCAUCUUCAUCAACUCCUUAUAACAAAUCAACAAUAGUCAACAACAAACAAAAAUCAACAAAGUGUCUCAAUUCAGCUGCCAAUCAUAAAUCAUCAUCUCCAUUAGCACCUUUAAAAAUACCCGAUUUUAUACCUUCUAAUAAAAGAUCAUCUUCAUUAACUUGUAAUCAACCUUUUAUUGCCAAUACUGGCAAUAAUAACCAAACCAAGUCAACUAAUGGAGCUAUCACAAAUGCCAACAAUGAUGAUCCAACCUUUACCCUUUUACCCCAAUCAGCCAACGUUCAAAGUGAUAUAUUGAUUCAAUUUUGUUGCCGUGUUAAAGGUAGUCAACCUUUAGGAGUUGCUUGGUAUCGUAAAGGCCAAUUAAUUGGAGGAACCAUUGAAAGAGGACGUUUUGACCAAUUCAAUGUUGAACCAAAAGAUGAGUUUGACCAAAUGUUCAACAAAGAUGGAGUUGAAACUAAAGAUUUCAAAACAUUCAAACACUUCACUGACCACAUUUUGGAAAUCAAAUCAACCCGAGUUGACCUUUCUGGAACCUAUUCAGCCUGUGUGUUCAACCAUGUUAAUCAACAUUGGAUUGAUUUUAAUGUGAAAAUAUAUCCCAAGAAGGAUUAUCAUCCUUAUCGGUUUCCCAGAUCAUCAACAAAAUCCUUUCAAAAGGUUGUCUCGAGUCCACCUCCUACUAAACAACGUUCAACAAAAGCAAAUUCAACCUCUAAUGGACCGAAAGUCCUGUCGGAAACAUUUCAUUCUCAUCGUCAAGAAAAUGAGGUUCUCUCAUCGUGUCAUCCGGAUGAAGCUUCACUUUCACCUAGAAUUGCAUCGAUCGCUGAACGGGAGCAUAAAAAAUGGGAAGAAUCGACAGUUGCUUGGCCUGAUAAUCCGUAUACCACUGAGAAUGUCGGUAAACGUAAACAUUUAAAUCAAUUUCUUGAUUCUUUGGAUCCAUCAUCAGGUGGUGAUCCAAGGAACCGUAUUGAAGACGAUGAGGCAAAUCUUCAUGCUUUACCUUACAUUUCACCUUCAAAAGACAUGGGAAGGUUUAAGAGAGACUAUUAUGUGCCAAAUGUACCAAAGGAGCAUGAAACUUGCAAUGGUUUUGAUGAAAAGGUUUACUCUUCGGUGAAAUAUUUUUCAGCCUCCGAGUCACCAGGUUUAAAUUAUUCUGAAACGGAUUUGAUAAAUUCUCAUGAAGAGUCAACUUUACCAGGAAAAAUAUUGAUACCAACGGUUACAACGACAGCACCAACCCCAACAGUUUCAUGUUCAUCUUCACCUUUACCAUCAGCAGGCUCAUCUUCAUCUUCAUGUUCACCUGGUUUACCGAGAAUCAUUAAUGAACAUCAUCUGCAGUAUAAACAUGCCGAGGCUCAAGUAUUGGAAAAUCUGGGAAACAUUACAUCCUUAGUGUCAGUUAAGGAAUUGAUUAAUCGUUUCUCUGCUUAUAAGGAAUCAACCAAUCCAAUGAAUGGUCAAUAUUUAAAGGAUUCAACCAAUUUUUACAGUUUAAAUCGUGAUGGUACAUUGGCUAAUAGUGGAACAGGAAUCAACCCGCGUUUAAUUACAGAUAAACACAAAUUUAGUGUACCAUUUAAAUUAUCCUGUUGGCUUGACGAUGAAAAUGGAGAUAAUAAUGGCCAUGAUAUGUAUCAUGAUGAAAAUGAUAAUAUUAAUGAUAGUAAUUUGUCUUCACCCAGGAACAAAGUAAAUUGCCAUGAAAACAACGCUAAAAGCCAAUCUAUUGAGCUAACGAAAGAUUUUAAUAACCAUCAUGAGAAAAAUAAUUGUCAUCAUGAGAUGCUUUAUCAUCAACAAGAGCCAAAUCAUGUUAAUGGUGAACAAUCUAUAGAUUAUUAUCAACGAUCAAAUUCUGAAGUAUCAUUGCCCAGCUUAAUGUCUCCUCCACCACCAAUACUUCCACCUCGACCUCAGCCACGUCUAUCGACCAAGUCAAACCAAGCCAAUUCAUCUCAAGCAAGAUUAAAUUCAACUAAACCUCAACAUCCUCUUGCUGUAAACAGUAUUACUGGUCGAUGUUUGAAUAAGGAGUAUCGUAAUUGGACUAAUAAGAAUCAAAGUAAUCCAUCAAGCAAUCUUAUGGGCAGUUUAAGUUUAUAUGAUAUUAAUCAAGCCUCAGAAACAUCAGGCAAAUUUGAAUCAAGUAACCCGGCAAGUCCAGGAGUCCGUAGUCAAUCAAAUACUGGUUACAAUUCAGAUGAUUGUAAUUCAAGUGAACAAGUUGAUAGCGGAAAAAAUCAAACUCCUUUUGGUGGUAAAAAAGUGGUCCGUCGCAUGGCUCCAUCAAUAAUGAAACGAGCAUCUUUUUGGGAGAAAAGGUGUGAACAAGAAAUGUCAACAUGAAAUUGAAGGCUAUUACUGAGUCUAUCAUCAGUAAUAGUUAAUGAAAUUGAUUUAAUCAAUUGAAUGUGUUGCCUGUCAACCAGCAAUCAACAGUUCUAAACAGUAAAUGCUGAAAAUUUUCAUUGAAAAAAUGAUAUUAAAAUGUAUUGUAAACAAAAGGAUAUUUGUUUAAAUAUUAAUAGCUGUUGAUCCAAAUUAUGUAAAUAAUUAUAUCAAUUAGAAACUGACCAAGUCUUCUAAAAGUGAUUAAAUUUCAUAUAAAAACUCUUUGCCAUUGAAAA